CUUUCUGUUGCGUUGACCUCAGAGUUGACGUCGCAGAACGCUGAAUAUUACCGCUGAGCCUUCGGGAGCAAACAACUCUGAUUGGAUUGAAGGGCAGAGGGGAGAAGAAACAAAGGCCGAAAUUGACUCACCAUUGUGCGUGCGUAGCUAAACACUGCAUGAGCACGCGUCUGCCUAGGGACGCGCCUUCGUGAACGCACCUUUCACUCCGCUGCUUCUGCACACGACUCACUCGUCGUCACAUCUUUACAUUGCGAUGGACGACAUCGAACAGAUCUCACAAGCAAUUCUCGUGGCCUCCGAUCCGACCCAAACGGGCCUCCACCAGCAAGCCCUCGAAUUCGCACAGGAUAGGUUAAAAAGCUCGGCUGAGCCAUGGAAGAUUGGACUCUCUCUCUUCAUAGAUACCAAUUCCGACGGCACUCGAAAACACCAGCCUCAAGUGCGCUUUUAUGGUCUACGCAUUCUGGAGGAUUUCCUUGACAGCCGCUUUGAUCCUCUGCCCUCGGACGCGUUUGAUACCCUCCGACAAGCUCUCAUGGCAUAUGUACAAUCUGAGUAUGCACAGGGUUCAGCAGAAUCGGGCGCACCAUAUAUCCGGAAUAAAUUCUCGCAUACAUUAACAUUAUUCUUCUUGUGCACGUACCUCGAGCAAUGGCCCAGCUUUUUCACUGACUUCUUCGGACUCAUCCAAUCUCCUUCUAACUCUGGAAUACCGACAUAUAAUCCUCACGUUUCGCUGCUUCUUUUCCACUUGGUCUUAGAAAUUUCGGGAGAGGUCGCGGACCAAAUGUUAAAAGCUGCGCGUCAGCACAAUAAUCAACGGCAUUUCCGGGACUCGAGGGUGCGAGAUGCUGUUCGGGAACGAGAUGCGGGCAGGAUCAAUGAAGCUGUUUUAACAAUCGUUGCAAAUUCCGCGGAACAAUUGACUAAUCUACGAAAAGGUGCUAGUGGAGGAAGCGUUGAACGUUUAACAGAAGUUGUAGAUUGGGGAGUAAGGACAUUUGGAUCAUAUGUUGGCUGGAUUGACAUUAAUCUUACCGUUACACCUACCACUAUUGCGUUACUCUUUACCCUCCUCUCUGAUCCCUCUCUGCCUAUCCGCCUCGCAACUUCCGUGGCCCUUCUUCGCAUGGUUGCGAAAGGAUUAAAAGAGCCCGGGGAUAAAAUUCAGCUAUUCCGAGUACUUUCACUCGGACAGGUCUUAGAAGCACUAGAAGACAAGACUCGACAAGAGCAAAUUGCUCGAGGGGAGGACACGGAUGAGGGAGAGGAAUCUUAUAGAGAGGCGCUUGGGAGACUUCUUAAUGCGUACGGACUUGAACUUGUUAAAUUAGCAGAUGACAAUAAUGCCUCAGACGAUGUCAAGGCCGAAGCAUUAUCUAUGCUUUCCGACCUGCGACCAACCAUGCUACAUUUCCUUGCCGAUCCUUACGAUGAUACAACUUCAACCGUAUUCCCUCUGCUCUCGAGCAUCCUCGGAUCAUUGAAAAAGGUCAAACGGUCCUCACCACACGAGAUAACCGACGACAUCCGCGCAUUUUUGGCUUCGACACUUACUACACUCCUUCAAAAAAUGAAAUGGGAUGAAGACGAAGAUCUAGACGAUAUGGAUGCGGACGAUAAGCAUGCAUUCGAGCAUUUGAGAAAAGGUGAUCUCCGGGUACAUCUGGACUCUAUUGUAGUGAUUGACCAGGACAUGGCUAUCGAGGCUAUCCGGAAACUCGUCCUUGAUACAUUAGCAGCAUAUGAAACUGGUUCUCAGCUGAAGUGGAAUGACGCUGAGCUCGCGAUCUACCUCAUUUACAUCUUUGGAGAAAUCAAUAAAUCCGGAGGGAAAGGACGAGCAGCUUUUUGUCAAGCACCAGCUGUCGCCAGAGAGCUUAGGAAAGGAACAGACUACUCAGAGUACCCACUGACGCCGCACGGGGAAAUGCUCAUGGCUCUCGUCCGGUCAAAUAUCUGCGUGUAUCCUAAUAACGCGGUCUCGAUGCAGUUCUUCGAGACGUGUGCAAGAUAUGGUGAUUUCUUCAAAGUGCGCAAGGAGUGUAUUAUGCCUAUGUUAGAGGCGAUGAUUGGACCAAGGGGAAUUCACCACCCAGACACCGCCGCCCGGUCGCGUAUGUUCUAUCUUUUCUACAAGUUUAUUAAAGAAGAACGGAGCGACAUUCCACUGGAUAUCGUUGCGACACUUCUGAACGGCAUGCGAGAUCUGUUGUCUAUCAACGUGGAGAUCCCGGAACUCGAGAAUCCUGCUGAGCAAGACCUGCUUACAGAGACAAUCGCCAACUCCAACGCCUUCGAAUCGCAAAUCAACCUCUUUGAGGCCGUUGGCCAACUCGUCUCUCUCUUCUUCAAGAAUAUCGACGAGACUGCUGCGCAGCUGCUAAGUUUCGUUCAACCCCUCCUCGACGAACUAGAAGCGAACCUACAAGCCGUCAAAGGUGCUCAAGACGUCGUACCGAUCGUUAAGAUUCACCACGUCAUGAUGGCAUUGGGUAGCAUCGCGAAGGGUUUUCCAGAAGUCCCACAGCCUAUUCCAGAGGGUUAUCUCCUCCCGCCUAUUUCCGUCUUCCGUCAAAUGACACAAGCCAUCGUGGUGUCCCUCGGCGCAAUGAGUGGCUUCAAACCCGUACGCGAUGCAGCACGAUUCGCGUUCGCUCGAAUGGUCGCGACAACUGGAUCCCACAUUACGGACUUCAUCCCAGCAAUGAUGUCGAGCCUUCUGUCGCAUUUCGAGCCAACAGAGAUCGUAGACUUCAUGAACUUCUUGACCUUGCUCAUGCAUAGACUAGGUGUGGAAAUGUCUGAUGUUCUGAAUCAGCUCGUCGUACCGUUACAUACGCGGAUUAUGGAGCUGCUUGCGAUUCCCAUUACGGGGACAGAUGACCGGCUAACGCACGGGGAGACGAAGAGGGCAUACUUGAAUUUCCUUAACAACAUCAUGACGAAUAAAUUAUAUCCUGUCCUCAUUUCUGAUGCCAACAAAUCGCACCUGGUCCCGUUACUCGAGAGUGUCAUCCAGAUUGCAGAAGACGUAUCAGACCCAGCCGCGCAAAAAUUAUCCUUCUCUUUCCUCGGACGUUGUGUAAGCGUGUGGGGACAGCUACACCCAGUCAAUGGUGACGCAGCACAAGCUAGCCAAACACUCCCUGGAUUCGAGGCGUUCAUUUAUGACCGACUCGUUCCGCUCGCUAUUCGAGUACCUUUAAGCCCGGCUUUCAACAUCAAAGAUGGGCAGAUGCUCGUGGUCUCCCAUGAAAUUGCCAACUUCCUACAAAUAAUAGCAAAAGCCCGAGGCGAAGAAGGGUACCAAUUCUUCGUCACCGUCUUCCUUCCCUCACAAGGCUGUCCACCUGAUACUGCGAUCGAUUUCGGAACGAAGUUGCGAGAUCUCGAUACGAAGGGGUUCCGGAAAUACUUCACUGAUUUCAUCCGCGCUUCAAGGCCCGGAAGCUAAUAACAGAGGCUUACAGAUCAUACUUACUUUAAGUCUUUAAGCCUUUGACCUUAAACCUUCAUGCUUCAUGCUUCAUGAUUCAUACGAACUGAAAAUAAUAAUGAAUGAUGAUAUCGGUAGACCUGUGAUUAUGAAGCUGCUGUUCCUACUAGUCAAUGUAUUACAUUCCUUGCAUACCUACUUAUUUACAGUAGUUGUUAUUACACUCAUUCAUUUUUUGUGUUUGCUCGCUUUUGUC